AUGCCUCAAUACAACGUAACCCUCAACAAAGACGCCUCAGCCUCCGACCUCGAGCAGGCCAAACAACACGUCAAGGACCAAGGCGGCGAGAUUGUCUCAGAGUUCACCCUGAUCAAGGGCUUCACGGCCAAGCUGCCCGAUGAUCUGGUCACGACCCUCAAGAGCAACGACAAAGUCACCGUCGAGCAUGAUGGCGAGGUCACUACGCAAUAG